UUUCCAUUUGUGAAGACAGAGAUCUGCCUGGAUUUGAUGCCGAUACCGCUAUCAAAGCUACAUGUAUGGCUUUGCUGUCGGCAGGUACAGACACCACGAUCGUAACUCUAACGUGGACUUUAUCUCUACUACUCAACAACUAUCAAGCACUUCAAAAGGCUCAAGAUGAGCUAGACGCUCAUGUUGGCAAGAACAGAUGGGUCCAAGAAUCGGAUAUAAAAAACUUAGUUUACCUUCAAGCUAUUGUUAAAGAAGGAUUACGUUUAUAUCCGGCUGCACCACUCUCAGUGCCACACGAGUCGAUGGAGGAUUGUACUAUCAGUGGGUAUGAUAUACCAAAAGGCACUCGCUUAUUAGUGAACUUAUGGAAGAUUCAUCACGAUCCUAAUAUAUGGCCAAAUCCUCACGAGUUUAAGCCAGAGAGGUUCUUGUCGACCCACAAGGAUGUCGAUGUAAAGGGCAAUCACUUUGAGUUAAUGCCAUUUGGUAGUGGAAGAAGAAUGUGCCCUGGAAUUUCGUUAGCCCUUCAAGUUUUGCCCUUUGUAAUAGCAAUGUUGCUGCAGGGGUUUGACAUGAAGAGGCCUUCAGAUGAACCAAUUGAUAUGAGUGAGAGCUUUGGAUUGACAGUGCUCAAAGCUUCUCCACUCGAAGUUAUCCUUGCUCCGCGCUUGGCUCCCGAUCUUUAUGAAUGAAAUGAUAAACAAAAUUUGUGCCUCAUGCCACUGUUGUUUACUACUAGUUUGUAAUAUUGUAAUGCAAAUAAUAACAGAAAUUCAAAAUUCCUACAUUUGAAAUGUGAUUGUAAAAGUAUUUUAGGAGUC